AUACGUAAACAUGCAAAACUUAACCCUCUUCUCUCACCCCACCAACGAACUCAUAACGAAAGAAAAACCACAAAAGUAAAUGGCUUGUAUUGUGGUCGGUGACACGAUUCCCGAUGGUACUCUCUCAUAUGCUGAUGAGGCCCAUCAGAUUCUAAACGUGUCCGUACACUCCCUUGCUGCCGCUAAACAGGUCAUUCUCUGUGGAGUUCCCGGUGCUUUUACCCCCACAUGCAGCUUGAAACAUGUACCAGGUUUCAUUGAAAAGGCAGAGGAGCUCAAGUCAAAAGGCAUUAGUGAGAUUAUCGUCAUCAGUGUUAAUGACCCAUAUGUGAUGAGGGCAUGGGGCAAGUCAUAUCCCGAAAACAAGCACGUAAAGUUCUUGUCUGAUAGCUCAGGUGCUUACGUAAAAACACUAGGGCUUGAGCUUGACGUGUCGGACAGAGGUUUUGGGAUUCGAUCACAAAGGUUUGCUUUGUUGCUUGAUGACCUUAAGGUGAAAGUUGCUAACGUGGAAUCGGAUGGGCAGUUCAAAGUUUCCAGCGCUGAAGAUAUGCUUAAGGCUCUCUAACUUUUAAGGCUCUCCACUACUGUCUUUUUGUUCUGCAAUUCUACUGAAUAAAGUGUGUUUUAGAAUCUUCUUGUAAUAAAGUUAACUUUUCAGUGUACAACGGUUUGCUACUUUGUUGUUUCUUUUGUUUCGAAGGAUGAAAUUCCAUUACAUAAAUCAAUUUCGCAGGUUGAGAUAAGAAAA